AUGACCCGGCGCUCGGAAUACUCAUCCAAGUCCGACGGCUUCGAAGCAUGGGGUUCCCUGGCUGAUGACGACUUGUGUUCCAACAACCGAAGUGUACAGUCCCUGAUUUUUGCUACACUGUGGUUCUUCUCGCACAUUGUCCGUUUCGAUCGUUUGAUGCUAUCGAUUGCUCGCACACGAGAGGAGAUGGAAACGUUGCUCAAUGUCACUCUGCACGGAGGACGGAAGCAAGCUGAAGCACAGGUCAAAUCAAAUCGUGGCUAUGAGGAGAUCCACGGUCCCUCUCUCUUCCCUCUGUGA